UAUGAUAGAUGGAGCCACCAUUGAAUUAGUAAGGCUGGUCAGAAGAGGGUUAGAUUAUAGUAAGAAAGAUGUUACAGUGAAUGUUGAAGUGAUCUAUGCCGAUCAUCUUGAUUUUCCAUCCGUUACAAUUUGCAAUCAAAAUAAAUUCAGAAUGACAAGUUCUAUGGAAUUGAAUUUGUAUAAAUUCUUAAGUAAUGUUUAUAGUUCAAAUGGAAAUAAUAAUGUUUCCUUUGAUCAAAACUUACCAAAAGAUUUAAUCAACAAUAUUGAGUAUAUUUAUGACUUUUCUAGACAUAAACAAUCAAAUUUGAUAUUCAAUUGUUAUUGGGCUGGUGAAAAAUGUCCAGGAGAGUAUAUUACAAAAAGUAUCACCGACUAUGGAAUAUGCUAUACAUUCAACUCUCCUUCAUCUCUAAAACAAACUAAAUCCUUAACAGUUACUGAGUCUGGAUUGAAUAAUGCUCUUUCCCUUCUACUCAAUCUUGAACAAUACGAAUACAUGCCUGGACCAGAUAAUGAUGCUGGUGUUAAAAUAUUCCUACACGACGAUUACAAAAGACCACUUAUGUCUGAUUUAGGAUUUGCCGUAGCUGCCGGAAUGCAUACCCUAGUUGGAAUAAAACGAACAGAAUCUGAAAGUUUAGGUGAUCCAUUUGGAAAGUGUAUUAAAUCAAAUUACAAAUCUCACGCCGAGUGCAUAGAUCAUUGUCGAUUAAGGGCAUCUGCAAACAUAUGUAAAUGUACACCAUAUGAAGCAAGUGCAAUUUUAACAGAACCUAAUCAAAGUUACAAAAGACUGUGUUCCAUCAUAGAGAAUUAUGGAUGCAUUAGAACAUCAUUAGAUAAGAUAAAAAAGGAUAAAAACAACUGUUCCUGUUCAGUUCCCUGUAAACAGAUUAUCUAUGAACCAAAUCUAUCGUUUUCGGCAAUAUCUCAAUUCGAAGCUGAUAAAGUAAUACUUGGAAAUGUUAAUAGAAUGGAAACAUUAAAAGAAGAAUAUUUGAAUGUUUUAGAAAUUGGAGAAAAGAAAAUUGAAAAAAAAUAUAAUUUAAAUUACAAAUUCAUUGAACCAUUUGUAAAAGAUAUGAAAUUAUUUUUAUCUUAUUUUAAAUCUACUCAUAAGAUCUAUAAAUCUAAUGAAUUUUUCAAUGGAAUCGGUAUAAGUUUAAUUGAAUCAUUAUCAACUGAUAUAAGUAAUUUGACUGAGAAUUUUCUGAGAAUUGAAAAUGCAGUUCAUUCUGCUAGAAUGAUAGAAUUAUACGAAAUUUUUAUGCAAAUGUUUGAUACAACAAAAUAUUUUAAAGAACGUCUAUUUGGGCCAAUUCUAAUACAAAAAACUUUCUUAAAUUUUGAUUUGGAAGAUUGUAUAUCAACUAUAGAAACUAUUGAUCUUUCAGAGUCAUCAGCAACUUGCAACAACUUUAUGAAACAUUUUCGUUUCAGCGUAUUCAAUAGUCUAAGUUCAAAUUUUAAAGAAUUUUGGAUAAUUGCUCUAAGAGAAGCUGAAAUAUUUCUAGGUAAUUCAGACACUGUUCACCAUUUUCAAAGUGAAUACAUAAUGGAAAUUGAAAGAAUAUUUGGAAUGGAUAAAACGAAUGCAAAAUUGCCAUACGAGACAAAUUGUAAACAAUUCUUUACAAAUUUGUUAUUUGAACAGGAAUUUUUACAAUUCCAUGGCACAGAUAAUAACAUAACUAAUUUUGAAAUUGGUAACAGAAUAAGAAAUGUUAUUAGUGGAUUAUUUAAUAUUGAAGAAAUUUUUAAUGAUCAAAAAUUUCAAUCUGUUUGUCUAUUAAAAGAAAAAUAUAAUUUUUUUACACCAAUUCAUUCAGAAAUUUGGAAAAUUCAAAAUUCAUCAUCAGAUUUCUUGAUAAAUUCAAUAGACUUUAAAGAAGAAUUAAACUCUAUAGACAUUAUUCAUAGGGAUGUCUCAUCAAAAGUUUAUCUACUGGAAUUGUAUUUAGAUAAAAAUUCCUCAAUAACAAAAGUCAAUAUAACUGAAAUGUUUGAACUGGAAAACUUUUUCAUUGAUAUAAAAACUUUAAUAAGUUUUUAUGAAAGUAUUAAUAGACAAUUUACAAUCUUUGAUAAGCAUGUUAAACAGAUAACAAAAGAACUAGGGUUAUUAGAAGAUGCAGUAGAAAAAAAUCUCAAAUGGCCUUAUCCUAUAAAAGAUGAUACCAAUUUAACAGUUGUUUAUGAAACUGUCAAUGAAUUUUAUAAGAUAUACAACAAAUCUAAAGUUGAGUACAAUAUUCAACACAAUUGUUCUGAAAAAGCAUUGGAAAAAGCAUUACAAAACAGCUGGAGUGAAUGUUUUUUACACUUAGCAGAUGCAAUUGGACACUUUGGCCUUAAACUUCCAAAAGUAGUUACUAAAUCCUUUACUGAAAUUCAAUACAAGUACAAUGACCUUCACAUUUUUAUGGCUGAAUUUAAUGAAAUUAGUAAGAUAAAUAAGGAUUUUUUCCUAAAGAAUUUUGCAAAAGUUGAUGUUUUCUACAAAGAGAUGAAUUAUCAAAAGAUUACUCAACAAGAGAAAUUUGGUUUUCUAUCUUUGCUCUCUGAAGUUGGUGGAUUUAUGGGACUUGUUUUGGGAGCAUCCGUUAUCACAAUCAUUGAAUUUAUUGAAUUCUUUGUUUAUAAGAUUAUACUAAAUAUUUCUGAAAAUAUAAAUAGAAAUAAGAAAAUAGGGAAUAUUCAUUGCGAAAAUGUAUAAGACGUUUUAAAGAUUCCCUGUCUCUUUUUAAGAAUCUCUUUGAUUUCAAAUGAAUUCAGCCCAGUAU